GACAGAUUGUUUGCCUGCGAGAAUCGCGUCAGCAGCAGCAGCAGCAAUCGGCGUUUGUUUCCAAAUUUUCUUUUGGAUUUUUAAUGUAAAAACUGCAGUAAAAGUGGUGUUUUUGUAAAAUUUUGACUACAACGGUGAUUUACUUGGACAAAUUGGGAAACCUGCUAGGUUUUUGGAGUGCUCGAUUUGGAAAUGGAUCUUCUGUACACCACUCUGCGGAAGGGGAACGCCAACACCUUUAGCUUUACGGAAACGCAACAAAAUUUCGAAUUCCUUUGCAACACCUCGUCGUGCAAUGUGCUUGCCUUCACCACGACCAACGAGCUGACGGAACCGUCCCCCAUUCAGGGCUGGGGCUUUCACAUCUAUGUGGUGGAUUUGAAUGCUCCGUGGUUCCCGUACCGAGUCACCUCCAACAAGUAUCCCAUUUCGGUUCUGCAGUGGGACGUCCUCGGGCGGUACCUGCUGGUGGGGGACCGCAAUGGACAUGUGCAGAUAUUCGUCCAGAAGGACAAUCUGCUGUCGGAGUGGAAAGCGCUGUACAGCGUAAAGUUCCCUGGGGAAAACAUAAUCGCAGCGGCAUUCUUCCACAAUGGGCGGAAGUUGAACUUGCAAACGGACAAAAAGGAUCAGUAUUUGUAUCUGGAGAAGUUCCAGAAGGUUAAGUUCGCGGCCAGUGUGCGACAGUUUGGCGGUGUUCCCGUGGAAGGUGUGCUGAUCGUUUCGGCUACGGGUAUGCUCGGUGCGUUUGUCAUUCCGCCGGAGUCCAACGCAAACAUACAGAAGAUGUUGGAACCGGUCAAGCUAGAUCCGGUGACGGAGAGUUUGGCCGUUACGAGGAAUUACUACACCACAGCUGCUAUUAGCUAUGGAAAGAAUGGCUUUUUCCGGGUAGCAGUAGGCAAUGGGGACUCCAAGUCCGCCAACUCUAGUAUGAUCCAAUGCUUCCGUGUGGCAAUUAAACAGCGUGAGGAAUCCUUGGAAAUCAGCAGCACGGCACUACCCAGUUUUUUCCUGGCAGAGGGAAUGGGUAAAGAUUUGAAAGAUCUCCGCGUGGCUCACGUCCAGUGGGUGUUCAGCGAGGAUGCCGAUUCGUUGAUUGUGGCCUCGAACCACACCGGCGGUGGCUGUUUCAUUGAGCAGUGGGAGUUGACCGAGGAGUCUACGCCGAUUCAUAAGCUGUUCCAGAGCAGCAAGAACGAACCCUUCAAAACGUUGCUUUGGGUCAGCAAAAGCCAAUAUAUGUACAACUCCAAGGUGAUCAAAAUCUGCACCACCAAGUUGAAUUUCCUGAGUAGCUCGUUUAUUUACCUGGCAAUGAACGAUAACAGCAUUCACUGCUUGCAGAGGGACUCUUUGAAAAGACUGACUUGCACUAACAUCGUGUCAAUCCGUGAUCCAAACGACCACUCUAGCAAGCAGAUUAGACUGGGAAUUAAAGUCGGGGCAAUCGAUGUCACCCACCUGGGUCACCUCUUCGUAACUUUGGACACCUUUGGGCAGCUUUACGUCUAUCGGUGCAACUUCAUGUGUCAAGAUCAACUAGGAACACCGGCACUCAUCGUUCAAACCGUGAAUCUUCUAGAGUACUGCCUUGUCACCGGACUGGACUCGCUCGACAUACUUCUGACACUGAAGACACAGAUUCUGGAAAAUGUUCUCGAGAGACUCACGGAAAACUUCCACCGACAGCCACCCAACGUACAACAGUAUUAUUACGUUAACUUCCUCACCAUGAAGAUCGCUCUGUAUCGACUAUCUAUCUCUGGACAACAGAAAGCUCACGAUUUGUCCAAUUUGCUGAUCCUACAUUCAAUACUGAUUGCCUUUAAGAGUCUGUUGCGGCCCUCGGAUCUGACCUCCCAUGAUAAAGGUCCCGCGGAGAACCUAGCCAUGGUCCUCUCAGAAUCCGUUCCAGACGUGGACAAAGUGCUGCUGAACGUCGAGGCAAAGGAGUUUACCAUGGAGCGUCCCACGCUUCAAAGCUUGCAACAACUGAUCCAAUGGGUGGCCGACUUGGCGCUGAACAUUCUGGCAAAACUGCCGGAGAGUCGGUCCUUCAUGUCCAAUAAAUCUCAAGGGUACGACAUCAGCAAGGACAGCAUCGCACUCAACAGUAUCCGCGAACUCCUCGUAAUGAUACGUAUCUGGGGUCUGUUGAAUCCACAGUGUCUGCCGGUAUUCUCACGAUCAGCGGAUAAUUUGGACAUCCUGGGAACCCUGUUCCGCUUACUGACGAAGCUAUCACUAAAUCCUAACGAACCGGACGACCUUCUGCUAGACGAAUGCUGUCUACUACCGAAUCAGGUUCUCAUUCCUCAACUGCAGUAUGUUCCAUCGCGAACUAUGAUCGCGUCCCCGCUGCUACCUCACGUUAGCCUUCCCGUUAUGUGCGACUACGGUGUGGAGAACGAAUCGCUCAAGUUCUGCCCGGAGGUACCGAUCGUCGAGGGAGGCCUCUCGAACGAUAAUGUGAUCGAUUCGGUGAUGUACCUGCAGUUGGGCCGGCGGCCACCCUCGUUGCGACGGUGCACCCGGUGCGGAUCGUGCAGCAGUGUAAUCAGCGUGGCCAAGACGGCCGCCAUGAAAGCCUGGGAGCAACGGUGGAUCGACAAGUGCCGAUGCAACGGCUUCUGGCGACUCGAAGUUGCUUAGACUAGAUGUCGUCCCCCUCCGAAGCAAAGCCAAGGAUCAUGAAGGUGAGAUUCCACUAGCGUGAUGAAUAAGGGACUCUUCGCCUUGUCCCGUACGAUUUGACUCCAGGUGUAUUGCAGUAACUCUCGGUUUAUUACGGAUUCUCAAUCACAUCGAUCUGACCGACGAUGGACAGCGUGCGGUCGGCACAUUAUUGAUGACCUUUCACAAUACAUAUGUUUUAUGUUUUUUUUUAAGUUAUAUGGAAUACAUAUUGAAUUGUGUUCACGUUUUUUUACGUAGCUUCGUAAUAUAGAAUAUAAUUAUUUAAUAAAAGUUUAUCAUAUUUUAUGUGUA